AAUUUAUUUUAACAAUAAAACGAAAUUGAAUUUCGCUUUGUAAUUUUCACUUCGUGCAAUGUAUUUCAAUUGGUUCCACUUUAUUGGUGGUAGCAUAUUACUACUACAAAUAAACAGCCUAGUUCUACUAACAGCGAACGUAGAAGAUAUAAAGAGGAUAGCGCAGAAGAUUGUUCCAGAGUCUUUGGCCGACAAAUUAGUGGAUUUCGUCAUUAAAGCUACAAACAAGGAAAUUAAUGUCUCCCAAGAGAAUAGUGAUAAUAAGGAUAUUUCAGCAAAUGAAUGGACAAAACCUAAAAAGUACAGACCAAAUCAAGAGAGCUACCGAAAAAGCAAAGACAAAAUAACGGGUUCCAAUUUAAACGAUCAAAAUUCAAAUGAAAAACCAAUACCCAAGACUCAUAGACAAAAUCCAUACACGUUCACCAUAGAUAGAACGCCAGCCAUCGUAUCCAAAGACAACAGGAAAACAGACAAGAAUUUCGUGCGGAGUAGAUUCAUACAGAAUGCAGAUUCAGUACAGGAGGUUGUGUUACGUACCAACACGUUGACCACAGAGAAAGAGAGGACGGAAUUCGAUCAAUAUGACAAUUCAAAUUAUCCGAAAUCGGCUGGAGUCAUAGCGACAAGUGGUAGGGUCGCGUUGACGAAACGGCCGGGGACUGAGAGUGAUGAAAAUUAAUAGAUUCUAUUGAGUAAUA